AUUUACCGUGGUUUGCGUCCCAAAAUUCCAACACAUAUACCAAGGGUAGUUAAUGAAUUAAUUAAUAAGUGUUGGAGAGCUCAACCAAAUAAAAGACCAUCUUCUCAAGAGAUAUAUGACACAUUAAAUGCAUGGAAUAUUAAUAAUAUAUUUGAUAAAGAAUCAACAAAUUUUAUUGAACAAACUGAAAGUGCAUUACAUCACUUUGAGGUGCAUUCCGAA